CUUUUGUUUAGUAUCAUUUGGAAAUAAGGACUUAUUGAAAUUAAUAACAGUGUUUGUGUACAUAUUAUUUGAAAAGUGUUAAAAUGUUGUCGUCCAAAACUUGUCAAGUUAAUUUAUUUUCCCAACAAAUUACAGUUCCAAGAAAACCUUAUUGGUACUUGAUGACAAUUUCUGGACAGUUAAAAUUCACUGAAUACAUAACUGCUUUGCUUGCUUUAGUUGCAUAUUAUAAUUUUUAUUAUACAACCUAUGAUCAUGUUAUUAGUGGCACUCGAAAAGAUUAUAAAAUUGAUGAAACAAAAAGAAUUUUAAUAACUGGAUUUUAUUGCUAUAAAUUUUCGACUUUUGCUAUUGUUUUUUUUACAAAUAUAGCAACUGUAUUUGACGUAUUUGAAUUAAGGGAGAAGAUUAAUAAAUUUUUUUACUAUAUUGAAUGUUGUUUUUACACAAUUUCAUGUUUUUUAAGUAUAUUUUGUGGCUAUUUAGCAGUAUACACUCUUAUAUUACUUGAUCAAUAUAAAAUUAUCAUAGACUCCACUUUACUUAUAGCAUUGGUGUGUUCAUUUGUAGGAGCUGCCUUAUUUUUUUGUGAUUUCUGCCGAGUUUUUUCAAAGGAAAUAAAAAGAAAUGAACUACUAAAUUAAUUGAAAGCAGAAUAUAAAAAGAAAUUUGCAUUUUAUCUUUUUGGACCGAUUUAAAAUUAAUAUUAUUAUAAAAAAAGUAUUUUUGACGUAUAAAUUUUUGCUGUAAUGUAUAAGAAUUAACAUUGGAGAAUUUUUUUUUAAAUUAUUGAAUAUAAAAAUGUUAUUCAUUGACACAAUUUUUUUACAUAUGUAUUCUUGUAAUAAAUAUUUUACAAUGUAA